UGGCCACCACUUAUUUGCAAAAAGAUUGCCAAGUAGGAUGAGCUUUUUCAAUGUCCUGCACAAAUCGUGCAUCCUGUGCCUUAUUUUGGUCUGCCUGGCCGCGGUUGAGGCUAUCGAGCCCCUGACCAUGGGUGCGGCUGCCAUUGGAAUUGGAGCCGGACUAACGUACUUUAAGGGACAAACAUAUUGCCGGUUUUAUGAAUGCUGCGAUGACCGGAGCAUACCGGGCAACAUACAGGCUCUGAAAGAUUCACUGGAAAGGACUCUCUUUGGCCAGCAUAUUGUGACCCAGCACAUUAUACCGGCCCUGACAGCCCAUUUCAGUGCGCAAAGUAGAUCCCGAAAACCGCUGGUGAUGAGCUUCCAUGGCCAGCCGGGCACGGGCAAGAACUUCGUGGCCGAGCAGAUCGCCAAUGCACUGUACCUGGAGGGCUUAAAGUCCGGCUACGUCACCAAGUACCUUGGCCAGGCCGACUUUCCAAUGGAAAGCAAGGUUGAUUAUUACAAAGACCGUAUCACUAGAGAGGUGCGUAGGAGUUUGGCGUCCUGCCCACGUUCGCUUUUCAUCUUCGACGAGGUGGACAAGAUGCCGAGCGGUGUUUUUAACACGCUCACCUCGCUGGUGGACUACAAUUUCUUCGAUGAUGGCACCGACAACACCAAGGCCAUAUUUAUAUUUCUGUCAAACACCGCUGGCGCCCACAUUGCCGACCAUCUGGGCAAUCUGAUGAAGGGCGGGAAGCUGCGUGAGGACACCCGCCUGAGCGACUUUGAGCCGCUGCUGAAGAAGGCUGCCUUCAACAUGGACGGUGGCCUUAAAAAGACUACAUUGAUCGAGAAACACGUCAUCGAUCACUACAUUCCCUUCCUGCCAUUGGAGAAGGCCCAUGUGAUCAAGUGCCUAGAAGCAGAGUUCGACCGCUGGGAUAUGCCACCCAGGAAGUCCAUUAUCGAGGAUAUACUCGCGACAUCGAUUAGUUACGAUCGGAACCACGGCCUCUUUGCUAUCUCUGGGUGUAAGACACUGGAGAAGAAGGUCAGCAUGGCUCUUUAUUAAACAUAACUACUAUUUUUUAAAACUUUACUAAUAAAGUACGAUUUUUGUAUUUAA